AUGCAACGACGAGUCGAAUCAAAACUAACAAAAUCAAAAACAUUAGACAAAACCAUCACAAUAUCUACCUACAACAUCCGCACUCUCAAAAGAGUAGGCAAACUUCACCAAAUCGUUCAUGGGCGCUACACGAACAACAUAUAUCUCGUAGUUGUACAAGAAUAUCGUUGGCACACACAAGGAAGAACUGGACAAGGUGGUGUUGGACUACUUAUGAACCCUCGAUUCUCGGCAUUAAUUUCCUCAUCAGAAAAAAUAUCUUACCGUAUUUUGAUGGUACGCUUCAAAGGCAAUCCUGCGAUAACCAUCAUAGUUGCAUACGCGCCUAUAGAAGAUAAGAGUACAGCAGAUAAAGACGUCGCCUACGACGACCUACAACAAUUUACAUUAGAUGUCCCACCACAUUAUAUACUAAUACUUGCUGGCGACCUAAAUGCAAGAACAGGGACAUAUAGUCACUCUACCAACCCAUGA